ACGUAUCAUUCGUAAGCAACCAUUGAAAUAUCCGCCGUCAAUUUUGAAUAAAUCUGUCUCUCUUUCAACUACCCUGAAAACAAUUUCCUCCUCAAAAUUCGCUCGUCAUGUCUGGUCCUGGAGUUGGCUUUGAAUAUCCCAGCGAGGAAGUAACCUGGCUGAAGCGAGAUGCAUUGCUUUUCGCGAAUAGCAUCGGAUGCAAAGCCGACGAAUUGCAUUUUCUUUAUGAACUCCACCCAGAUUUCGCUGUCUUUCCUACAUAUGUAACCAUUCUACCGUUCAAAUUGACAAAUCCCGAUGUCAUCGACUUCUACGCAUCGCGAAGCAAAACACCCAUCCCCGGUGUUCCCAAUUUCGACUCUCAACGCGUCGUCGACGGCGAGCGCAAGAUUGAAUUUCUGAAGCAGUUGCCCACAUCCAGUGAGGGAAAGAAAUUUGAAAUUCGAUCAAAGGUUUUAGGUGUUUAUGAUAAGGGCAAAGCAUCCGUUCUUGAAACGGAAACUACUAUCGUGGACAAGGAUACGGAAGAGGUUUACUCGAGAGCAAUUGGUAGCGCCUUUUUCGUUGGACAAGGAGGCUGGGGUGGUCCAAAGGGCCCUAGUGCUGUGAAUUACCCUCCGCCGCAAGGGAAGAAGCCGGAUGCUAUAUCUAUUGAUCAAACCGGUCAGGAGACCGCCCACCUUUACCGUCUGAAUGGCGACUAUAACCCUCUUCACGCCACGCCUGAGCCUGGCCAGAAGAUGGGCUUCGGCGGCACUAUCAUUCACGGGUUGUACAGUUGGAAUGCCACGGCUCAUGCCGUCCUAAGAGAACUCGGCGGUAGUGACCCUAAGCACCUGCGAGAAUUCCAGGCUCGUUUUGCAUCCCCUGUCCGUCCAGGGGAUAGACUCACUACGGAGAUGUGGAAGAUAGGGGAGGCCGACAACGAUGGGUUCCAGGAGGUUCGCUUUAUUACAAAGAAUCAGGAUGGGAAAGUCGUGUUGAGUAAUGGCCGUGCCGUUGUAAAGGUUGUAAGUAAGAGCGGCAGUAAGCUUUGAGAAAUAUAUAGUUGCUGAAGUC